CAAAAACAAUUACCAUCAGAAACAAAAAUAAUCGCGUUUGCAUAUUUUUUUUAUCUCUUUUUGACAGUUUUGACACAGAUUCCCCAGACGACGACUACGGUUUAAUUACUUUACCACAAUGAGCGAUGCCCUAGAAUCACGCAUUUUACGAGCAGCAGCCACCACGGCUGAUCCCAACGAAUUACCCGAAUUCCCGGAGAACAAGAGCGAUCUGCCUUCAGACUUUGAAUACGAUCCCAAUGAAGAAGAAGAAGUGGAAGAAGUGGAAGAAGUGGAGGAAAUUGACGAAAACGAGCUUUUGAAAUACCUGGACGAGCAAGAAAACCCUCUGUAUAUUGCCCAACGACUGUUUUAUAAAGAAGUUAAUACGACUGCAUCCCAAGCAACGUGUCCGACAUGGAAACUCGAGUGUCUAGGCUGUAAAGCGAUUGAAGACCUGUAUGGCCAUGGAUGGACUACUGUCGAUGGUUUAAUUGACUUGAGCGUUCUGAAAGGUGCUCGUGAGGAGGCACAAGAAAUGGCCAAGGAAGGUGCAUUUACCCGAGCUAGUGAUCUUGCACAUUCCGAAGACCCGUUCCGUGACCACACAGCACGCGACGAUUGGAUUACAUGGCUCGAUCCAAAUGGAUCCAAAAACUCACCUAAUCUACAAAAAGUGCUCGAUUUCUUCAAUGGUCCGCUCCACCACGACCUAUCAAGGAUGAUCCGUUUGCGCGGCAAGACAGAAUACCAGCUUGCAGAAUAUAAGCCCGAGAAUGGCGCUCGAUACGAACGACAUCGUGACGCAUUCCCUACCGAUGACCCGGAAGAUACACAGCAACGCCGGGUGACUGCAAUCAUGUAUUUGAAUCCGGGAUGGACGCAGCGGGACGGUGGCGAGCUCAAGAUUUUCGGUCGAUCCGAGGGCAAUGGAAUGACAGAUGCGGCUGACCGGACUGUGGCACCUAUGCUGGGUCGAUUGGUGAUUUUUCUCAGUGGUGUAGUGGAUCAUGCUGUGUUGCCAUCCAACAUGGAAAGAUUUGCUUUGACUGCUUGGAUGCGGUAGGAGACACGACACAAUACUACAACAACUAUUUCCUAAACUCCAUAUCUCCCUCCUGACUACCAGCUUUUUUUGACUUUCAAAAUAAUAAAGCC